AUGGAUUCGCUGCCGCAGUUUGAUCAGUUUAAAGUUCAUUGUGAUCCGCAUACCGCUGGUUUGAGAUGGGAGAAGUGGAUAAUUCGCUUCGAAAGGCUUAUGGAGGCAAUCAAUGUAGUCUCACAAACUGCAGACUCUGCCGACCAGAAAACAGCUACCGAUAAGCGUAGGCUGGCCUUACUGCUUCAUUACGCAGGAACCGAAGUUGAAGACGUAUUUGACACCCUGCCAGGUGUGCAAGACGACAAAAACACUUACUCUAAAGCUAAACCUCUUUUCCAAGCCUAUUUUCAACCGAAGAAAAAUGUUGAACUUGAAGUAUUUAAUUUCCGAAGAUCCAGACAAGAACCUGGCGAAAACAUGGACGCUUUUGCAACAAGACUCCGUCAACUCGCAACAAGGUGUGAUUUUAAUGAUUCUGACUUAGAAAUUAAAUUACAGAUUAUUCAAGGCUGCAAGUCAAGCAACUUCAGAAAAUUGUGCUUAAGAGAUCAACUGUCCCUGAAAAAAAUGCUAGAAAAUGCACGCGCAGCAGAAGCCGCUGAUCGCUAUGCAGAAAGCGUGGAACAGUCAUCGAAACAAGCCACUAACUCGGUAAAUAAGUCAAGAAAUAAUUUCAAAUUUAAGUCGCAUAAAGAAACCGGAGACAACGGAAAGAAGAAGACGUCGAAAUGUCGCAAAUGUGGAGGACAAUGGCCUCACACAGGAAGUCCGUGUCCGGCAAAAGGCAAAUGUCGAAAUUGUGGAUAUGACUGGCCGCAUCCCGAAUCAAAACCGUGCCCGGCAAAAGGCAAGAAAUGUGAAGCUUGUGGAAUGUUGAAUCAUUUCAGCAAGUGCUGCACGAACAAGAAAGCCAAGCCCGGAUCAUCUUCAAAGCAAGAGCACACCAGACAAGUCAACGACCGAGAGAGCUCGAGUGACGAGUCGACUUGGACAAUUAGUCCAACAAGAUCGGAUGACAGGCCACUCACACACAUUAAGCUGUGUGGCGGAAAAUGCAAGAUGAUGAUCGACACAGGAUCAACUUGCAACCUGCUGAGUUUCAAAGAAUACAAUGAACUCCCAAACAAGCCGACACUUCAUCCUACAGGAAACUCCGUUAAUGGAUACGGCGGAAAUCCUUUGAAAAUUAUAGGCAAAUUCAAGACACUGAUUGAAUCAAAACACGCAUAUGCCGAUGCUGUUAUUUACGUUAGCGACAAUGAAAAGGCUGACAACCUUCUUGGAUACUCCACAGCAAAAGAGCUCAAGUUGGUAAAAGUAUCAAACUCAGUAUCUUCUUCAAAUGACUAUUCAUUCGUAAAACAAAAGUUUGGACCACUGUUUUCGGGACUUGGAAAAAUGAAGAAUUACCAGGUAAAAUUACACAUAGAUCAGUCGAUCCAGUCAGUAACUCAAAAACACAGGAGAAUCGGUUUUCACCUGCGCAAAUGUGUUGACAAAGAGCUGACAAACCUGGAAAAUGAAGACAUAAUUGAACCUGUCACAGAUGGCCCAACUGAAUGGAUUUCUCCAUGUCAUGCUGUACCAAAGCCAAAGCAACCAGGAAAACUAAGAGUAUGUGUCGACAUGCGAGCACCAAACAAAGCAAUCUUGCGAAUCAGACACAUUAUUCCAACUAUAGAAGAUUUAGUUGUGGAUUUAAAUGGAGCAAAAUACUUUUCAAAACUAGACAUGAAUCAAGGAUAUCAUCAGCUAGAACUAGCUCCAGAAUCAAGGUACAUUACAACUUUUUCAACACACCGUGGAUUAUUUCGUUACAAAAGAUUGAACUUUGGAAUGAAUUGCGCGUCUGAAAUUUUUGAUGACGUCAUUCGCCAAACAGUAAGCGGAAUCCCAGGUGUGGUAAACAGAAGUGAUGACAUUUUUGUUACAGGAAAAACAAAAGAAGAACAUGAUUCAAGCCUGGAAAAGGUACUGAAGAGACUCAUGGACAAAAAUCUCACACUCAAUUUUGAGAAAUGUGAAUUUGGAAAAGAAGAAAUUGACUUCUUCGGAUUACACUUUAGCGGAAAAGGAGUUUCACCAACUCAAGCUAAAGUAGAGGCUAUCAAGAAAGCAGAACCACCUUCAACGCCUGACGAAGUAUCAAGCUUUUUAGGAAUGGUAACAUACUGUAGCCGUUUCAUCCCUAAUGCCGCUGCAAUCAGCGAGCCGCUAAGACGCCUUACUCACACCAAGCAAGAAUGGGUGUGGAAGGAAGAACAAGAAAAAGCAUUCAAAAAUUUAAAGAAAAGUCUCUGCAAAGCCGUAACACUCUCUUAUUUCGACGUAGGAAAACCAACGUCUAUCGUGGUCGAUGCAAGCCCACGAGGCCUAGGCGCAAUCUUGACACAAGUUUCAAAAGAUGGAUCAAACUCCAUUAUCGCCUACGCUAGCAGACUGUUGACAGACGUAGAGUCACGCUAUUCGCAGACUGAGAGAGAAGCACUCGCCAUUACAUGGGCGAUCCUCCAUUUUCAUCUCUACGUAACCGGUAAGGAAUUCACCGUGAUAACAGAUCAUAAGCCACUAGAAGCAAUUUUCAACAAGCCGCUCAUUCAGCCUCCUGCAAGAAUUGAGCGCUGGCUUUUAAAGCUUCAAUUAUAUGACUUCACUGUCAUUUAUCAGCCCGGAAAAUCCAACCCAGCUGAUUACAUGUCACGACACCCUAUACCGUCAACAGCAGUCUCAACAAGAGAACAAUCAAUUGCUGAAAAUUACGUCAAUUCAAUCUGUAUGAAAUCAGUUCCAAAACCAGUUCAUCUUGGCAGCAUCACGAGCGCCACAAAAGAAGACAAAGCAAUACAACUGAUUUUCAAGAUCCUUAGUCAAAAACGUUGCAAAAAGGAAGAAGUAGAAAAACUGAACAGUCAAGAAAAAGAUUGGUUUAUCUCACUCAAACAAAUCCAGCUGCAACUGACGAGAAUUGAAACUGAGGAAGGUGAAAUGUUGUUAAAAGACACCCGUAUAGUUAUUCCUCAUUCCUUAACAGAAAAAAUAAUUGACAUCGCGCAUCAAGGACACCAAGGUAUCGUUAAAACUAAAGCGUUACUAAGAGAAAAAGUUUGGUUUCCAGGAAUCGACAAAGCGGUUGAGAGAAAAGUAACAAAUUGCAUUCCAUGCCAAGCAUGCAGCAAGAAAAAUAGCCCUGAACCAUUGCAAAUGUCAAGUUUACCAGCUGAACCUUGGACUGAGGUCAGUAUAGAUUUUGCAGACAUGCCGAUGGGAGAACAUUUGUUAGUUGUUUACGACGACUACUCAAGAUAUCCUGUCGUAACGAAAGUUUCAUCAACGUCAGCAAAAGUGGUAACAAAGAAACUAGAAGAUAUCUUUGCACAGUUUGGAAUACCUGAAGUGGUUAAAAGCGACAACGGUCCGCCAUUUCAGAGUUAUGAUUUUAAACAAUUUGCUCAAGAUUUAAAUUUCAAACACAGAAGAGUCACUCCCCUAUGGCCACAAGCCAAUGGCGGAGUAGAAAGAUUCAUGAAGACGCUCAAAAAAGCACUGCGCUGUGCAGUCGCUGAAAAACGUAAUUGGAGAGAAGAAAUUCCAAGAUUCUUACUCAACUAUAGAAAUUCACCGCACGCUUCAACAGGAAAAGCACCAGCAACUUUAUUAUUCGGACGGUCAUUACGCACACGUCUACCGCAAAUACCAAAAAUAAAGAAAGAAGAAGAAAUAAGAAACAAAGACCUAAAAUCAAAAAGUCGCAUGAAAGAAAAUGCAGACAAAAAGGCAAAGCAUAGAGAACUAAAGGAAGGAGAUUUUGUAUUAUAA